AUGCUACUGCGAGAGUUCUCUCGGGGAGGUGUGGGUCCACAUGUAUUCACCACAGUCGUCCAAGCACUCCACUAUCAUUGUUUUGACCAGCUCCAAUGCCAAUUUUUGGAGAUGGUUGCUGAUCACAGUGUUGGCUCUCUGGGAGACUGUUGGACGAGCAAGGAGCCAUUUGGUGAAUUCAGUGACCGUGAAGGUUAUGCUGGUCAUGUCCCAUCCUCAGGUUACUUUGGACGCUUCUAUGACAUGAUGGUCGAGGACGAGGCUCCUGAGCUUCAGCAAAUUAUCUCUUCAUGCCCUGCUAAUAUAUUGAAACAUGACCAUUCCUUUAAGGUCAUUAAGCAAAUGAAGAAGCAGGGUGGUGUGGCUUUUUUUGCUGCACUUCAUACUUUCCUCAACGAGUACUCUGAGAUAUGUGGCAUGACAUUCACACCAUCAAAGGCCCAUGAUGGUUGGGCUCCUGUCUUGCAGGCCAUUCUGCCAUCACUUCGUGACUAUGGGCACCCAGAACCCAAGGUGGUAUUCACGGACAACAUUCGUGCUGACAGGGACAAGCUGCUCUCAAUAUUCCCUUCACUUUCUAUCAGUGUUACCCCUGUUGAACCAAUUGCUGCACUCACAGCUCUCGUACUCCCAUCUGACUGGGAGAUUGUCCACCUCACAAACACACACCAGAUCAACUUGCGGUUCAACCUUAUCAUGAAUCAGCAUACUGAAGCUUCUCCUGUCGCCACUGCUUUUGGCAUGCAGUGGCCUGUUGACACAAGGACAGGUGUCUUUGGCCGAGUGGCCCUGCUUGAGUUUGCAUAUCAGAAGGUUGUGUACUUGAUCCAGACUGUCCACUUCAUGUGGGAUGGACUUAUCUCCCUUCCCCAUGGGCUCACAACAUUCUUGCAGUCCCCAACAUACACCAAAAUUGGCAUUAAUAUUGGUGCUGACUUCAAGAGGCUGCAUGGAGAUUGUUCAGCAGCUGUUCAAUUGGCACCCUUUGCUGGACAUGUUGACCUCACAACACUGGCAAAGUGGUGCAAUGCAGCCCCAAGAGGGUGCACAACCCUCCCAAUGCUGAGUGCAAUUAUCCUUUGCCAUCAGCUUCCUAGAGAAUCACAUAUUUGCAUCAGCACAUCUUGGGGCAAUAAAAUUCUUGCUGAGGUUUUUGUGAACCAUGCCACACUGGAUGUAUUUGCUGUAUGGAACAUCUACUCUACCCUUCACACCAUAGGCACACCUCAGCCUGUCAGUAGCUUGACACCAGGAGGGACACCAGUCAUGAUGUUUGCCCCAGAUGGAUGA